AUGAAUCCGGCCGCUUCAAAGGUCCAUAGCUCCUGUUUCAAUGCGCAGCAAGAUUGUUUCGCCGUCUCCACAGAUUCUGGUAUACGACUUUUCAACUCUCAUCCGGCUGUGCUUUUGAGGAGCUUUAGUAGGGAAGAAGUUGGCGGUGUCAAAAUUACGGGCAUAUUACAUCGAUCUAACAUCAUUGUUUUUGUUGGAGGUGGAAGUUAUGCAAAAUAUCCUUCCAAUACAGUAAUGGUUUGGGAUGAUAAACAACAAGAGCUUGUUCUUGAGAUCACAGUGGCCGGAGGUCCGAUCGUGAAUGUACUGCUAGCAUAUUCUAAGUUAAUAGUUUUGCAAGAGAAGCGGAUACAUGUUUUUCAAUUUCCUAACCCCUGCAAGCUGAUUAGAACAGAAGAAAUAAGAUACAACCCUACCGGUCUGGCUGCGAUUGGUUGCGAUUUCAACGGCACUUCGCAGAUGUUGGCCUACCCAGGAUUCAAGGUUGGAAGUGUGCAGCUUGUGAAUUUGAAUAAUAUGAGUGAAUGCGCAUCGCUUUCUCCUCGUGGUAUCGAUGCUCAUCUAACUGAAAUUGCUCAAUUAGCCCUGAAUAAUCAAGCGACGCUUUUGGCGACUGGAUCUACUAAAGGAACAGUUAUCAGAAUAUUUGACACAAAUUCCAUCGCGACGCGAUGUCUCAUGGAAUUUCGCCGAGGUGCUGAUCCUUGCACCUUACACUGUUUACAGUUCUCACCUUGCUCUAGUUUUCUUGCCGUUACCAGCGACAAAGGUACUAUCCACAUUUUUACUCUUCGUGACAGUGACGAUGCGAGAAGAGGUCUACUUCACAAGGUUGGGCUUACAAAAGGAGAACGGCGGAGUUCUGUGCAGAUCUCGCUGGAGCCACGAGUAUUGGCUUGUGGUUUCAUAAAAGCUACUACCUCAUCUAUGCAGUCUAUUGUUGCCAUUUGCCAAGAUGGUUCUUAUCACAGAUUCUCCUUCUGCUCGGAUGGCAGUAGUAAACGAGAGGGAUUUGAUUAUGUGAUGCAGCUUGGUGACGAACAGGAAUUCUGGACAAAACCUUUUUGA